AUGGCGGAAAUUGCAGUGGGCUUUCUGCUCCACAAGCUCACCUUUUUACUCCGAGAGGAGGUGCAAUUACUGAGGGGGGUUCGUGCAGAAGUUGUGUAUAUCAAUGAUGAAUUUGAACGCAUCAAGGCGUUCUUGAGAGUUGCUGAUGGGAUGGAAGAUAAUGAUCCUGAGAUCAAAGUGUGGGUUAAGCAAGUGAGAGAAGUCUCUUAUGACAUUGAAGAUGUUCUUGAUGACUUGAGGCGCCGCUUCACACAUCAUAAUGGGAGCCGUGGAUUGUAUGCUUCUCUUCGAAAGCUCUCUAGUUGGGUCAAGAAUCUGAUGGCUCUUCAUCUAAUUGCUUCAGAAAUGCAAGCCAUCAAAUCGAGGGUUGCAAGCAUCUCAGAGGGUCAUCGGACGUAUUGCUCCAGAAAUAAUAUAGUUGAGCAAGGCUCAAGCUCCCUCACAUGGCUGGACUGCCAAGGAGAUGCCCUUCUACUUGAAGAAACUGAUCUCGUGGGCAUUGCCGAGCACAAAAUGAAGCUGAUUGAGUGGCUCGUCACACGCCAAACUGGACGUCAAGUAGUUUCACUGGUUGGAAUGGGAGGGCUGGGGAAAACCACCUUGGCAAAACAAGUGUACGAGGAUGCAAAAGUGAAGAAACGUUUCAAGUUACAUGCAUGGGUGAUUGUUUCUCGAGCUUUCAAUAUAGAGGAGCUUUUAAAAGACAUGGUGCAACAACUCUUCAGCGUGAUUGGAAAACCAGUUCCUCAAGGCGUGGAUGGCAUGAAGAGCAACCAGCUGAAAGCUAUGAUCAAGAAGCUGCUGCAGCAAAGUAGGUAUCUGAUCAUUUUAGAUGAUGUAUGGCAAACAGAGGCCUGGGAUGCAGUCAAACUUGCAUUGCCCAACAACAAUUGUAGCAGCCGAAUCAUGCUCACAACAAGAAAUAAGGAAAUUGCCUCUACUUGCUGUAUUGGAUCGCAUGAUAUGGUGUACGAACUGGAGCACUUACCUGAAAAAGAGUCUUGGACCCUUUUCUGCAGGAAGACAUUUCAGGGGAAGUUAUGCCCAGCUCAUUUGGUGGAAAUUUGUCAGUGUAUUGUAAGGAUAUGCAGGGGUUUGCCCCUUGCCAUUGUUGCACUCGGUGGUGUUUUGGCUAAAAAAGACCAUGGAAACACAGAUGAAUGGAGAAACAUUUGUCGCAGCAUUGGUGCUGAAAUUGAAGGCAACCAUGAACUUGGGAACUUGACAAAAGUACUUUCUCUCAGCUUUAAUGAUUUGCCUUACUAUCUGAAAUCUUGUUUGUUGUAUCUGAGCAUCUUUCCAGAUUUUUAUCUAAUUGAGCAAAUGAGGUUGAUCCGAUUAUGGAUAGCCGAAGGCUUUGUAUAUGCAAAAGGAGAAAAGACACCAGAAGAAGUUGCAGAGGGCUACCUCAAGGAGCUCAUAAACAGAAGUCUCGUUCAAGUGGCAGAGACAACCAGCGACGGAAGGGUCAAAACCUGCCGCAUCCAUGACCUUCUACGGGAGAUAAUCAUUUUGAAGUCAGCAGAUCAAAACUUUGCAACAAUAGCAAAAGAAGAAACUGUAGAGUGGCCUGAUAAAGUUCGACGCCUAUCAGUGUUGAACACAUUACAAAAUCUGCAACAGAACAAGACCACUUCUCAUCUUCGUUCUUUGCUCAUGUUUGGGGUGAUGGAUUUGCCUACCAAUAUUUCACUCUCUAAAUUGUUUCCUGCUGGUUUUAGGCGGCUCAACGUGUUCGAUUUGCAAGGUGCUCCUUUAGAAACGUUUCCUGGAAAAGUUGCAAAGCUUUUUCAUCUCAAGUAUCUAAGUUUCAGGGACACCAAGGUGAAGACAAUUCCAAAAUCUAUCAAGAAGCUUAUAAACCUAGAAACAUUGGAUCUCAAAGGCACAUAUGUCAAUGAAUUGCCUGUUGAAAUUUUGGAGCUAAAGAAACUACGCCAUCUCCUUGUAUAUCGUCAGGAAAUUACAUCUUAUGCAGACUUCCAUUCCAAGCAUGGGUUUAAGGCCCCAGCAGGUAUAGGAGGUUUUCAAUCCCUUCAAAAGCUGUGCUUUGUAGAGGCAGAUCAAGGCAGCAGCAGCACUUUGAUGGCAGAGCUGGGGAAGCUGACUAAACUAAGGAGGUUAGGGAUCAUUAAGUUGAGAAGACAAGAUGGGGUUGCUUUGUGCACAUCCAUUGAAAAGCUAAGCAACCUUCGGGCAUUAUCAAUAACUUCAUUGAAGGAGGAUGAGAUCAUUGAUCUGCAGCACAUUUCUUCACCUCCUCCGUUUCUUCAACGCCUUUACUUAACUGGGGUACUCUUAGAAAAGUUACCAGAUUGGAUAGCUUCUCUUCAGGACUUGGUCCGAGUAUAUCUGAAAUGGAGUCAACUAAAGAAGGAUCCUCUAAUACAUCUUCAGGGUCUGCCAAAUCUUGCACAUCUUGAAUUGCUUCAGGUUUAUGAUGGAAAGGAAUUGUGUUUUAAGGCUAAAGGGUUUCAAAAUCUGAAGGUUUUGGGUCUUGACAAGUUCGACAGUUUGGAAGCCAUGACAGUGGAGGAGGGGGCAAUGCCUAAACUCGAAAAGCUAAUCAUCCAACGCUGUGAAUUGUUGAAAGUGGUUCCAUCAGGCAUUGAACACCUCACCAAGUUAAAAGUGGUUGAGUUUUUUGAUAUGCCUGAUGAAUUAAUCAUGAAAUUGCUUCCCAACAGAGGUGAAGAUCGUUUGAAAGUUGCACAUGUCCCAGCAAUUUAUUCCAGCUAUUUGAGGGAUGGUGGUUGGGAUGUGUAUUCUUUAGAAACAUUCCAAGAGAAGUUGACUUCUCCUGGGCCAAGCGCUCCAAUUAGGAGCACUGAACUUCGUAGUGCUCUAUGGAAGGUGUAGAUCUGAAAUUUUAUCAGUCUGGAUAAGAUUCUCAGUUCAUUUCUUUCGCUUUGUUUAAUUUGUCUUGAUGUUUCUUA